AUGGCUGCAAACGCCAGAUACACCCCCGCCGCUCAGCGGGACUCAUUCGAGGAUCGACCAUACACCCAGCCCCCGCCGUCGUACCAGGCCACCUCGGAUUUUGCAGAGCCUCGAAGCGAAGGCGACAAUGUACCAGACGACUUCAAGUUCGGCGGUACUGUGGCGGAGGGGACGAUUGAUAUUCGGAUGCAGUUCGUGCGCAAGGUGUAUUUCAUCUUGACGGUCCAAAUCCUCCUCACCACGAUCCUCAGCUCCAUCUCCUUCUUUAGCAACAGCUACCGCACCUGGAUUCAGUCCAACUUCUGGAUGGUCAUAAUCUCGGUCUUUGGCGCACUUGGUUUCAUGCUGGCCACCUACUGGAAGCGCAAGUCCUACCCGGCAAACCUACUCUUCUUGUCUGGGUUCACACUACUGGAGGCGUACUCGAUCAGCGUGGUAGUCUCGUUCUACGAUGCGCGGCUAGUGAUACAGGCGUUGGUUCUGACGCUGGGCAUCUUCGUCGCCCUGACGCUGUUCGCCUGCCAGACCAAGUAUGACUUCACCCAAUGGGCGCCUUACCUGUUCGGCGCGCUGUGGUUCAUGAUCCUAUUCGGGUUCGUUUCGGUUUUCAUGCCGUUCUCCGGAACUCUGGAAACCGUGUACGGUGUGCUCGGCGCCCUCAUCUUCUCUGGGUAUGUCCUUGUCGACACCCAGCUCGUCAUGCGCCACUACCAUGUCGAAGAGGAGAUUGCGGCCGCCAUCUCGCUGUACCUUGAUGUGCUUAACUUGUUCCUGUUCAUUCUUCGCAUCCUCAACGGCCAGAACAACGAUUAA